AUGUCAUUAAUCACCUUGAGAGAAAUAACAUCCUCUCAGACCAGCAGCAUGGUUUUAGGAAGAGACGAUAAUGUGAAAGUACAAGUAUGGGAGUCUGAGUGGCUGAUGAGCUUCAACCCAGAGAAAUGUGAAGUUAUACGCAUCACCAACAAACGGCAGGCAUUCACCAAUGUCAUUACUAAUGACAAACAUGAGAAACGGAGACGGGAGAAUGGAAAGACUGAUCUUCACAGACAGCAGUCAAAACAAAGCAAAAGAAAGCAUUCAGUAAAAACUGGAAAGAAGAAAGAAGGCCGUGGAACAUCUUAUCUAGACAAAUCUUGGACCCCAACAUCUAAAAAGAACUUGACGGCGUGCCUUUGGUUGGACAUAAUUUCACCGGAGAAGACUGAUGACGAAGACUCAACAAAGAGGGUCAGGCUCCCAUUUUCCUGGGGAUCAACCAGACUGUGCAAGGGAAAAGAGGCACUGGACAAGGCAUAUAGACACAAGGUCCUGAAGACCGAAUCUGCCAGACGCCAGUUGGUAUUUGUAAAGGAUGGUAGAGAGGACACAACAACACCUCCUCCUGAGAAGUGUGCAGCUUGGGCCAUUUCCAGGGACUACUCCUCAUAGAGGUCAAACGAGGUUUCAGCUAUCAAGAGGAUACAAGAAAAAGAACUUUUUAAUUCUGUGGUUGUGUAUUUCCAGAUGUAAAUAUUGACAGUUGUUAUGGUUUUUUUAAUGUACCUGUAAUCAACAGUUCAGGGUAUAUAGUUUUUACACUGUUGGUCUGUCUGUCUGCAAAAGUGUAAACUAGGCCUAAAGCUUUUGAGUGGAUGGGGCGACUGCUUUCACAUUUCACAAAUGUUUUAGUGACCAGACCUGUUGACCUCCUUACAUGGAUCUUUGAGUUUCAACCACUUUUAACAAAAAAUUUAAACUGUAUUCUUGGCCACAACUUUCAAAUAGUUGAUGCUAAAGCUUUCACUUUUGCAUUCCAUUUGACAAGACUUUCAACAGGUAUAAAUAUUUUUGACAUUGACCUUCGAGUUGGAUUCACUUUUAAAAUAUUUUAACCUUGGACAGAACUUUUGAAAAGCAAGUACUAGGGCUUUCAUAUUUCGAAAGUGAUAAAACCUUUCUUUGGAUACCAACAUUUUUGACCUUGACCUUGGACUUGCAAAUGAGAAACUACAACACACACAAUAAGCUGUCUUUUCGGGGCAUCAGUGUUUCACAAACACAUUUUUAAAUCAAUUAUGAACAGCUCUUAAGCUGUUCAAACAGUAGAAUACAGUAGAAUUCAGAGGUUAUAUUUUGUCAAUACCCCAAGAAUCUGAUUAUAUGAUUAUGAAAGUAAAUUUCUGUUUUUCAUUUAUAUUGAUCUUUUGAUAGUCGAUAUGAUACCUUGAUUCUAAAUAUUAAU